CUUAUUUUGUUUCCUUAUGUCGAUUUAUAAAAGGACCAAACCAAUUCCAUUAUAGAUUGAAUCACGGUGUCUUUAAGAACUUUUAAUUCUAAGGAUACAGUACAAUUUAAGUGUUUGAGCAACCUAAUGGAUGUGAAAUUUGUGUUGCUUGUCCUUGCCUUCAUCAACCAGAUGAUGCUUGGAAGCUGUUGUGGAAAAAGAAGAAGAAGAAUAACUCAUGGACCAACUUAUCCUUGUCUAACAGAUCCAUGUACUCGUAGAUAUAGGAAACGGAGAUCUAUGCAUUCAACAAACAUGACGGAAACAGAUCUCCUUCAAAAGAUUGGAACUGAACUGAACAUUAUACCUGUAAAGAACCUAUGCAAGUUUGAGACCUAUGACAUGGAUAGUGAUGGAAUGAUCAAACAAGAGGAACUAGAAGCCAUAUUUGGCAUCAGAAAAGAAACAAAAGAUCUCAUGACCUUCAUGGACUUUAAAGAUAAUGAUGGUAUGAUAAGUGUGGACGAAUUUUGUGUCGCUGGCCCUCAUCUUAUAAGGGAAUGUGAAGGUUACACAUGCGUCAAAAUGAACCAGAUUGACACCGAUUAAACCUUGAUUGUCGGUUAUCAGAAAAUGUGUUUUUUGUUGUUGUUUUUUUUUAAAUUCUUUUAAAAUUCACUUUCUUUUCUAUUCUUUAUAAAUACCAAAUAAUGUUCAUUGUGUAAAUUACAGAUUGGUUGGUGCAUAAAUCACUAUUGAUACGUCCAGUAAAAUACUAGUUGAAUAUUUUGUUACGGACACUUUAUUCUGUUGCCAUUUUUAUUUUUUGUAUUUUAAAAGGAAUGCGUUGUUUUAAACUGAACUUAACAGGAAGUACAAUUUAACAACUCAGAAUCUGUAUCUGUAUUUCCUAACGUCAUAACAUUGGCAAGUUAUUAUGAACAUGUUUCAAUU